AUGGCGGAUCUGGCUAUUGGUCAGCUUGAGGAGGCCGAAUCUUCCUCGAAAUUGCCUCCGAAGCUUUUGGCUUGGGGUUGUUACCCAACCAAAUUGCGUCUCAAUAUUUACUCGAAGGCUCACGUCAUCGGAACUAUUGCGUCUUAUCACCAAGGUUCCAAAGACAUGGAGAUUAUAAUGGGGUCUCAAUUUGGCAGGCUAUUUGAGUUGUCUGUUGCUCGUUGCCACAACUCUGCGAAGCUAAUAAACAGCUUCCUUUGCCGUCAGCUUCUGACUGUUCGCAAGUAUGAGCUUUGGUUCCACUUUGCGACUCAUCCUCUUCGCUUCUCACUGGAUGAGUUUCACCAAGUAACUGGGUUGAACUGCGGAGCAUUCGAUGCUGCCGAUUCUGAAGCAGUGGACGACCCAGGUUCAACUAUAUGGCACAAGCUUUUUGAUACAACGCUUGGUGACAUUAUGGUGGCUGAUGUCCUUAAAAUGCUUCGCAAUCCAUAUCUGGCACCCUGGAAACGUGUUCCUUUGGCUCUUAUUGCGCUGGUUGAUGGUGUUAUAUGUUGCAGUAACAAAUGGCUCAAGCUGACCUCGAAGUAUGUCGAGAUGCUUUGCGACGUAGAGUACUUCUUGGAGUAUCCUUGGGGUAGAGAGUCAUUCUUGAAGACUCUACCGCGUUUGCUGCCGCCUUAUACAAGGGAAGACUCACUGGGAGAAAUUUGCCACCGCUUAUCUCAACAGACCGCAGCUGCCUAUGGAUUCCCUUUGGCUCUUCAGUUGUUUGCUUUUGAAGCGGUGCCUUUGCUGUUGGCUAAGAUUCCCAACACACAGUCCACCGAAAAUUUCUUAGUUAACCAUCUCGCAUGCGAGAACACUAUCCCCAUUCUAAGUGUCAAUGACAUUGUUGAAGUCGAAGAAGAUCCAGAUUUAGUCGUUCAAUUCAUGCCUACUCCGGAAGCUAAACGAUACAUGUGGUUGGACGAGGUUACAGACCAGCAUUUCUCGGGUGGAGAUACUUCAUUUGCCCCCGUUCGAGAUAAAAAAGAAAACGCGGGCAAAGGUGUGCGUAAGGUGGCCCAACCUAAUGAUCAACCCGUCCACCGCCGCAAUCUACGCCCCCGUAAACCUGCUGCAGUUAUAAUCGAGGACAUCUCUUCAUCUGAAGACAUUGAACCAGAGGCUCCUCCUCAACCAAACAGGUGUACGCAUGAAGAUUUGAAGCCGUGGAUGAACAGCAGUUCAAACAGCUGGCUAGUGCCUUCCAGAAACAUAUAG